AUUUUAUGCACUACGGUGGCGGGAGAUGAGGAGUUGGACUGGGAGACAUUUGAUUAGUAACUAGCUUUCUAGCUACUUUUGAGAAUUAAUGAAAGUAGCUUAAUGUUUUGAGUUUAUUUCUGUUUCUGAAGAUCAAACUUGCUUUGCUUCGGGAGGAGAAGGACAAUGGACGAUUUUGGGGUCUACGUUGUUUUGGGAGUGAACGAUGCACCCAUAAAGCUUCUAUGCGCCGACGGGUCAGCCCAGUUUUCCGUUGCAGUACCACCGAGUGCCCAGCAGGUGGUACUGUUUUCCAAGGGGCGAUGGGGAGACAGGAUCUGCGUCAACGCAGAACUCAACGACGCUGACAGAGUUCCAAUCACCAUUGGAAAACUGACACCUUAUAACAGGUGUUUAACAUGGGAGCAGUGGGAAGAGGAGAGCUGGACUAAGGGAGUGACGUUAACUGCCAGCUUGGAAGGAGGACGCCUGGUCAAAGGGGACUCUGACCUCACCCUGUCCAUGAAGGAAUACACCCCAGAGAGCGCCAUGGCCCAUUCCCCUGUUAGGGAGGUGAAGAGGAAGAGGGGACAAACGGGGGAAGAAGAGGAGAGAGGAAAGGAGAACAUGUGUCCCAACGAAGUGGUGUCAUCAUUUUCAGAGAAGUCGACCCCCCUCAGAAAGGUCAGAGGUCAGACCAGAGGGGGUCAGACCAGACUGUUCCCCCAGGGCGAGGGGCAGGGGGCCGCGGCUCUCACCCCUCAGAACAUUCCUCCACAGAGGGGCAAGGGUAGACAGACCAAGGCACCCAUUACACAGACUGCCCCAUUGGUCAACCCGUCGGGUCGCUGGGGUCAGAGCUUGUGCCCCAUCGACCCCCAGACGGCCAUUCUGAUUGGAGGGCAGGGAUCCAGGAUGCAGUUCUGCAAGGACCCCAUGUGGAAGCUGUGCACUGAGGACAUGUCAUGGGUUCCCGCGGAGACGCUUGCAGAAGGCCCCACCCCCGAGGCCCGGAUUGGCCAUACUGCAACCUAUGACCCUGAUUCCAAAAGAAUCUUUGUGUUCGGAGGUUCUAAGAACAAAAAGUGGUUCAACGACGUUCACAUCCUGGAUACACAGAGCUGGAAGUGGAGCACCGUGGAGGCCCAGGGAAAAGUACCUCCGUUAACCUAUCACAGCUGCAGCAUGUUUCGAGGUGAACUAUUUGUCCUGGGAGGGGUGUUCCCUCGCCCUCACCCUGAACCCGACGGCUGCAGUGACUCCCUCUACAUCUUCGACCCACAUCUCUCCAUUUGGUACCAGCCCAUCGUCACGGGCGACAGGCCCGCCCCCCGCUCAGGUCACUCUGCCUGUGUUAUCCAAGGGAAGAUCUAUGUGUUUGGAGGCUGGGACACUCCCCUCUGCUUCAACGACAUGUACAUGCUUGACCUGGGACUGAUGGAGUUUUCGUCUGUUCAGACCAAUGGAUCACCCCCCUCUCCUCGCAGCUGGCAUGGUUGUGUGCUGCUCUCUGACUCUACGUUUCUGGUCCACGGAGGAUACAAUGGAAACCAGGCCCUCAACGACACCUUUACCUUCAACACAGACACCAACACCUGGACUGAGCUGGUUCACCCACAGCUCUCCGUGCCCAGAGCUGGACAUUCCAUCAUCACAAUGGCGCUAGCCAAUCAAAACCUUUCAUUCGAGGAUGACUGCAACGACCGGAACUCCGACCGCACCCACAAAACCCUGCUGGUAUUUGGAGGGGGCGACAACGAGGGAAACUUCUAUUCCGACCUGACGACCCUGACUGUCGCUAAACUGCUGGACCAGAACUAAUGCUGUGUUCAUAACCAAGUGGGAAUUUACCACGUACAACUGGGGGAAAAAUCCACUUGAAUGCCCCUCCAACUGGUCAUUACUGAUGGGAAACCUGUAUAUUAUCCCUGAGCUCUGACUUCUCCCACAUGCUGACCUCUGACCUCCAGUAAGGAAAUGACCCCAAUAACAGCAUUUUCGGCAGCUAAAUGCAACAACAAACCAUUAUUUAGAAAAAGCUAUCUAUUAAUGUUUUUUGAGCACUAUAAUUUGUUUUGCAAGCAUAAUAGCAGUACUUAUAGUUUAUGGUUGAAGCAGCUUGUUUGCCAUUAGCCAAUCGGCAUUUCUCAACAAGUUCAAAGCACGUGAAUAAAUCCAACAGGAAUUUACUAUUUCACAACUGGUAAUUACCACCUUCCCACUUGGUUAUGAACACCGCAUAAACCACAUGAGUGGAGUCCCAAACGGCACCCAAUUCCCUAUAUAGUGCACUACUUUUGACCAGGGCUCUGGCCCCAUACACAGCCUUAUGGGUGUAUUAGAGGAAUCUCACAGAUCUGCUGUUCAGUCUGUUGAUGUUUUCACGUCAUUAGAAACAAAGUCCUGGUCGUUUGUUUUCAAAUGUCUCUCAGGGUGAUGAGAGAAUGGUCAGACUGAUGUUAUUGAUACAUUAAAACAUGUAUACCUUCCAUGAAAUAUCUCUUUCUGUAGGGCUCUGGUCAAAAGUAGUGCACUAUGUAGGGAAUGUGUUGUCAUUUGGGACACAAACCACAUGUCUGGGUUGUGUUCAUCAGUGCACACUGUAGCAAAACUGUUUUCAACUGAAAAUGUUUUUGGUUAGACUAGAGGUGUGAUGUAGCUUAUGUUGCAUGUGUACAAGUGGGGUUUUUAUAUUUUUAGAUGGUCAUCAACCAUAGUGGAAUUACACUAAAGCAUCAUUUGUAGCCGGUUGCCAGUCAGUUUCUGCUCACUUGCCAAUUCAAUUCCAUAUGGACUUGGUAUUUGAACUCAAUCGGAUUGGAAACCAGUUGUACAUUAUGUUGUUGACCCUUCUAUAAAAAAAAAAAUUUGUUUUAAGACUUGGUCAUAGAAAUAAAUAAUUGUGUUUUUGCCUACUUUCAAAAAAAAUAAAAGAAAUUGAUGAAGCUA